GACGCGCCUCAACUGUGCGCUCGCUCGGGAUCCUCGCAGACGAGCGCGUGCCAUCACCUCGGAGCACUUGACGGGACUUUAAACCAACGGAAAAAAGGCUCGAAAGCUCGGUCCCCCAGGUGUUCUGAAGUGGUGAAUGCAUGUUGAUAUUCCUGCGAGGACCCGCUGAGCUGCUAACAGGUGUCGGUGCGCGCGCGCGCGAACCGCACGAGGAGAGAUAGAGAGCGAACAUGUCCAAUGGGAAAGACGCAAAUACUGCAGAACACUCCUCGCAGAUGACUCUGAAAGAGUGCCUGGAUGAGUGCAUGGAGGCCCUGGACCUCUUCCUCAACAACCACUUCAAUGAGAGCCUGGAGAUGCUGCGGCCGAGAGUGAAGGAGAGCAUGUACCACGCUCUGAUCUACGCCACGGUGCUGGAAAUGCAGGCCAUGAUGACUUUCCAGCCUGAUGACAUCACCAAUGCAGGAAAUACCAUGAAGAGUGCACAGGAGGUCUGCCAGAGGUUUCGAAGGAAGUCCCCGGUUUUGUCUAGCAAGUCAGUCGGGGCAUCACUCACUGAAGUGCAGCUUCAUGCUGAGGUGUGUUACGCCGAGUGCCAACUCCAAAGAGCUGCUCUCACCUUCUUACAGCAGGACGAGAACAUGGUGAGUUUCAUCAAAGGAGGGAUCAAAGUACGAAACAGUUACCUAAUAUACAAAGAACUGCAUUCCUUCAUAAAAUCUCACCGCUUUCUCAAAGGACCCAGCCACAUGCACUUAGAGGGAGGAAUAUCAUUUGGAAUAGGGGCGUUUAACCUGACACUCUCUCUAUUUCCUCCACGGCUACUCAAAGUUUUGGAGUUUGCGGGAUUCUCCGGAGACAAGGAGUACGGUCUGUCUCUGCUGCACGACGGUGUGACGGGGAUGAAUCUGCGCUCCAUGCUAUGCGCUCUGCUGCUGCUCUGCUACUACACCUUUAUCAUGUUCAUUCUAGGAACGGGCGAGGGAGAGGUGACUGAAGCCGAGAUGCUGCUGAAGCCUUUCCGUCUCCGCUACCCAAGGGGAGCAAUAUUCCUUUUCUUUGCAGGCAGGACUGAAGAGAUCAAGGGGAACAUCGAUGAGGCGGUGGCACUCUUUGAGGACGGCUGCAAGGCCCAGCAGGCGUGGAAGCAGUUCCACCACAUGUGCUACUGGGAGCUGAUGUGGUGCUUCACCUACAAGCGCGCGUGGAAGAUGGCGUACUUCUACGCAGACCUGCUGAGCAAGGAGAGCCGCUGGUCCAAGGCCAUGUAUGUUUACAUGAAAGCUGCCUACCUCAGCAUGCUGCGUGAAGACGAGGCCAGGCCUUUUGGGGAGGACGAGGUUGAGCUCUUUAGACUGGUGCCCACCUACAAGCAGAAGAUAGCAGGGAAGUCCCCCCCGACCGAGAAGUUUGCCAUCCGCAAAGCCAAGCGCUACAAGGUCCACUGCCCGAUCAGGCUGCCGGUGCCGGUGUUGGAGAUGAUGUACAUGUGGAACGGUUUCAGUAUGAUCAGCAAGCGACCAGAGCUGACCGAAGGCAUGAUGCAGACUUUGGUGGAGGCGGAGCGCACCCUGCUGGAGUUUCCCAACAACGAGUAUUCGGUGGACGACCGCAGUUUGAUCCACCUGCUGAAGGGUCUGUGUUUAAAGAACCAGGGUCUCCUCCAGCCUGCAGAGGAAAGCUUCGGCAAAGUGUUGUCCAGUGAAAAGAUGAUCCGGUUCGACCACUACCUUGUGCCUAACUGCCUGAUGGAGCUCGGUCUGCUCUACAUGGACCAAGGCAGGAGGGACGAGGCUAUUAAGAUACUGCACAAGGCCAAACUCAACUACAAAGAAUACUCGAUGGAGUCCCGCACCCAGUUCAGGAUCCACGCCGCUCUGGCCAAACUGAAGGCCGACCCCGGUGAGGACACUCGCAUGUAGGACGACUGGAAAAGGCUCUUCACACUCUGGACUCUCCAUUUCCCAUCAUGGUUAUCGCUGCUCCAGUUAUACCCAGUUGUUGAUUUUUAACCUAUAUUCAACAAGUGCAUGCUGGGUAUUUUAUCACUGUGUUCAGGCUUAGCAUUUUAGUUCUACACUAAUAUCACAGGACAAAGGUAUAACCUGUUUAAUCCCAGACAAGAGCUUAAAAGUGGAGGGAGUGUGUAUAUACAAUACAGGUUUGCAUUGGAAAUUUAAACUCAAUUUGAAUCAGUUGAUUGAAAGACUAUAAAUAUGUAAUGUAAGAGAUGUUAUUUAAUCAAGUGUAUAGUAACAGCUGUAUUUUACUGUAUUAAAAGAGCUCCGAUUACAUAAUGAAGUAACUUCAGCUGGCUGGGAAUGAUUUAUAAUUUCAACUGCAAAACACAUUCGAUACAAACUGUUUUUGAAUCCAGAAGUUUAGAAAAUAGUUACCUGGCUUGAUAUGACAGAUAACUAGUCGGCAGCCAGUACUCUAUGCACCGUCAUUCAUUUCUCAUUCUGUAUGCAAUGGAAAUGCAAAUUACUGACGGACAUACUUGCGCCCUCUUGGUGUGUAUUUAUCAAAAUUUGUACUUUGUAUGAAACAGUGCGUGCACUUUCCAAAAAUUUCAGUAUGUAUGCAACAUAUUUUUGCAGAAAUAAAUUCAUAUAAAUUGU